AUGCGUCAACCGUCCCCAGUAGCGACACGAGUGAAGGCGGCAAGGCUGAAAAGAAUAGUAGCAGUAGCAGCAGCAGCAGCAGCAGCAGCAGCAAAAAGAAUUCCAGCGCUGCAGUCGCCGCGACGUCUAUCGCGCCCGGGCCAUACCGCCACGUCGGUAAUAUNAAAGCAUGCGUCAACCGUCCCCAGUAGCGACACGAGUGAAGGCGGCAAGGCUGAAAAGAAUAGUAGCAGUAGCAGCAGCAGCAGCAGCAAAAAGAAUUCCAGCGCUGCAGUCGCCGCGACGUCUAUCGCGCCCGGGCCAUACCGCCACGUCGGUAAUAUCUUUAUCGUGCAUUGCGACGAUCACCCCUUCAAGCACUCGUGGGAAGUGAACCGGAUGCUGCGCGAGCUGCGUCUUGAGUUCAGGGGCCAGACAUCAAUUGUCCCCGAUAUUCCGCAGGUGAGGAAGCGGCUUUGGAGAGUUCGGCAUGUUGUGCGUGUCGACAUGCUUGACCUCGAUGAGGCCAAGACCCUCAUCGGCGUGCCGGAGCACAUAAGCUUUGGUGACCUCGCGUCGCAGGUGCCGGCGUCAUUUGGCCGUGUACGUGCAGUGGCGAACCCUGCGCUCCGCAGCAAGAUGAACUUUAUGAAGUUGCGUCGGAUGCGUUUGCGUGAUGUGCUGCACCGCGAUGCACUCGAGCUGCGUCUGCUUGAGGAGAGGCGUAAAGCGCUGGCGGAAGAUCAGAAGAAGCCGCAGCACGACCAUGUGAAGAGAGAGAAAAUCCGUCUCUCACAUUAG